AUGAAGUUCUCUUCAUACCUCGCAGUCGCGGCUGCUAUCACCGGCGUGAAGGCUUCUCCGCACCCCGCACCUGCACAACAGGAACCCCUAGGAGCAGCAUCCACCGUUUCUCAGCCGGUCUACAGCCAGACCGACACAGAGGAUAUAAUCAACAACUCGCCUCUACUAUCAUUCCACCGAGACCUAGUCGAAAUUGAGUCAGUCUCGGGCAAUGAGCACGAUGUCGGCCUCUUUGUCGCAAAGUUCCUAGAGGCUAGGAACUUCACCGUCGUGAAGCAGGAGGUACCUCCACUGAAUGGCCAUGAAAGCCCAAAGACAAGAUACAAUAUUUACGCCUAUCCUGACUCGCAUUCGGGGUCUCCCUCCAUCAUUCUUACGAGUCAUAUCGAUACCGUUCCGCCUUUCAUUCCAUACUCGGUACAUCGCCCUCAGACUGACAAGUCGGGCAGCUUUGACUCUGAAAAUCUCGUCCUGGCUGGCCGUGGUACUGUCGAUGCUAAGGGCAGCGUUGCGGCGCAAAUAUUCGCCACACUGGAAACGCUGAACGAGCAACCCGACGCAAAGCUGGGCCUCCUCUUCGUCGUCGGCGAGGAAGUCGGUGGUGAUGGAAUGAAGGCCUUCUCCAACUCGGAGUACAACAAAGACAGCGCCUACCAUACCCUCGUCUUUGGUGAACCCACCGAAGCAAACCUGGUUUCCGGCCACAAAGGUAUGCUCGGCUUCGAGGUCUUCGCCCACGGCUCGGCCGCACACUCGGGAUACCCAUGGCUCGGCCACAGUGCUGUCUCAGCCAUCCUACCCGCGCUUUCUCGCGUCGACAAGUUGGGCAGUACCCCGACAGAGGAGGGCGGUCUUCCUUCUUCCCCGAAGUAUGGCGAGACGACGCUGAAUGUUGGCGUUGUCCGCGCUGGUGUUGCGACUAAUGUCGUUCCCGCUGAGGCGUAUGCUGAUGUCUCCGUACGUCUUGCCGCUGGAACACCUGACGAGGCGCAUGAGAUUAUCAAGCGCGCUGUUGCGGAUGCUAGCCGUGACGAGGAGGCUGAGGUUGUUGUGGACUUCAGCUCGCAUGGUGAGUCUUAUGCGCCUGUGGAUCUUGAUACCGAUGUUGAAGGCUUUGAUGUUAUUACCGUGAACUAUGGUACCGAUGUUCCGAACCUGUCUGUUCGGUUUGGCGUCAAGCGUUACCUUUAUGGCCCUGGCAGUAUCUUUGUUGCUCAUGGUGACCAUGAGGCUUUGAGCGUGCGCCAGCUCAAGGACGCCGUUGGUGGAUUUAAGAAGCUGAUCCAGGCUGCUUUGGAUAGAGAGGAGCAGGGCCUCACAGUAUAA